AUGUCCGAUAUCGCCCAGUUCGUUGCCGCGGCCCAGAAGGCCGACCCCGUCCUUGUUGGAGCCGACCCCGUCCUCGUCCAGAAGGCUGAGAAGGAGACCGAGUCUCUCGUCGGCGACCUCAAGGCCCUCAACUCCAAGCUGCUUCCUCUCACCUACCUUGUCGGCAAUGCGCCUUCUGCGGCCGACGUCUCGCUCUACGCCCGCCUCAACCCCGUCAUGGCAUCGGCGCCCGCGACCCAGCACCCCGAGUUGCCUGCCGUCCUCCGCUACUUCCUCCACAUCCAGGAGCAGGCUGGCGUGAAGGCCGCGCAGAAGGAGCUGCCCAACGCCUUCCCUCCAGUCGAUAUUGACGUGAGCUCGCUGGCCGCGCCGGUGCGCGUGGCACCCCCGCCGAAGGUCAAGAAGGAGAAGAAGGAGGGCGCGGCCGCCGAGGGGAAGAAGGACAAGAAGGCGGACAAGGCCGAGAAGAAGGACAAGGCGGACAAGACCGAGAAGAAGGACAAGGCCGCCAAGGCGGACAAGGAGGUGCCCGCCGCCGCCGCUGCCGCUGCUGAGGGUGCGCCCAAGGAGGGCAAGAAGAAGGAGAAGAAGGAGAAGGCGCCCAAGGCGCCCACGGCGCCCGCCACUCCCGCGAUCCCCAUGCCUUCUAUGAUCGACUUGCGCGUCGGCAAGGUCCUGGACGUGAAGCGCCACCCGGACGCCGACUCGCUGUACGUCGAGACCAUCGACGUCGGAGAGGCCGAGCCGCGCACCGUCUGCUCCGGCCUCGUCAAGUACAUGAGCGAGGACGAGAUCCGUGGCGCGACUGUCAUUGUCGUGUGCAACCUCAAGCCCGUGACGAUGCGUGGCGUCAAGUCGUUUGCGAUGCUGCUGUGCGCGAGCGAGAAGGGCGCCGACGGCGAGAAGGGCGGUGUCGAGUUCGUGCUCCCGCCCGCGGGGAGCGUGGCGGGCGAGCGCGUCUACUUCGAGGGCGAGAAGUACGAGAACGAGCAGCCUGAGGCGCUGCUCAACCCCAAGAAGAAGGUGUUUGAGACCAUCCAGCCCAACUUCUCCACCCUCGACAACCUCGAGGCCGUGUGGACCGACCCCGAGACCAAGUCGGUCCACCGCAUCCGCACCAAGGACGGAGUGUGCAAGGCCAAGUCGUUCAAGGGCGCUGCGCUUUCGUAG